AUGGAAAGCCUGAUGCAGCCGGAAGAUUCGGUGAUGUUCGAAGUCAGAAUAUUCAUCGAUGGUAUCUGUGCUUCGUACGUGGCAGCUGCAUCGCCUCCGCUAGUCCUAUAUGUCCUCACUUUAAUACUAACCGUCGAUGGAAUAGGGCAAGUCUGUUCAACCAGCAAACCCUUUGGCCUCAUGUCAUUGUAUGUAUUAACUCUCGCAGAACUCGACAGAAAUGGCAACCAAGAUAGUCUGCGGUUUCCAAUGUUCCAUGAAGAGUUGCUUCAUCAAGCCCACUGGGAUGCUGGCGACAUGUACGGUCGAAUUCGUGUCGUCAUAUCAGAAGGCUUCACUCGGCCGCUUCGUAACCCGCCCUUUGAGAGAGUGAGAGAUCUCAUCGCUUUUUCUUACCAGCACGCUCCCCUCGGUGUACUGGAGUCUUCUGGCAUUGCCUGGCCAAAUCCAGGGAUGUGGCAGCAACUGGUACCAGGCUCUCGACAUUUUGUUAAACACUCUCUUGGACCUCUUUACAGUGUUGAAAAGGAUGAGGAUGCCCAUUCACACUCCCCAACGCGCCAUGAUAUCCGGCAGUUCAACAACCAAGGUGUUCAGAUUGGGGCUGGUUUCUCUACCCUCCCCUAUCGAAUGCAACCUAAUCCCGUUCCACCACAGUUUAGUAACAACCCGUGGUUAGACCGAGAUGGGCCAUGGAUUGCACCACCACCUCAAGUUUCAGAUCCCUUCGUCGACCCUUCAAAGAACCCCUGGCCACCCUGGCCUAUCAAGCGCCGUCAUUCAACACUGGAUGAUAUAUCGAUGCCAAACUAUAUCGCAUCGAGCUCCUCGAGCAGUCGUGUGAUUUCUAAUACUGCUGGCCUGAAUUUUUCGCGUAACAGAGAACCAUCCCAGAUGGCUCCUAUGGACGAUGAGCAGUAUAAUCAGCUAAUCAAAGCCAUGAGUCCAAGUAAGGCAACAGGAGGUACCAGUCCUCCAAUGAACACCCCAGUAGCAGGGAAAGCAGCAACCAAAGCGCCUUCAGCAGUGAAGGGCGCUACAGAUGGCACUGUUAACAAGAGCCAGCCCAGUGCUCUCAGGGAGCUUUCGCAACCUGGGGAAGACAGGAGAGUAAGGUCGGGAUCCAGUCUUCGCUCUAGAAACUCGCUUAACGAAGUGCCACCUCAAUCCCAGACUGGCCUCCUUAGCCCCAGUCCUAACAUCCGAGGCCGGAAGGAAGGAAGCCUUAGCGUCUAUGAAGACGAUAAAGAAAACAGCAGUGGUGAUGCCUCUCCAGCUCAUAGCUCACGAAAGGCAUCCCUGACUAUCGAAGCCGCAGUAACUUCAGCGGAAAGCAAGAGAAAAAGGUCUGUAAGCUCAACUCAUUCGCGAGGAGCGGUCGAGGCAGUGUCUCCCUCUUCAUCAAAGAAGAUAUCUCGUCGUAAACGAGAUGAGCAGCUGCAGGCUGAGUUUGAUGAUUUCCUGUCGACAGCAGCCAAAACAGAUGCCCUCCUCUCUGAGGUUGAACUGGAAUAG